AGAUCCUGCUGCAUUUCGAAGAGCGGUUUUACGACUUACUGUCUCUCCACAAUUGACCUUUCCGCCGGUUGGGUUGCGUCAGCGUUGCUUCCACCUUUAGUCUUGAGCUAAGCAAAACAACUGCAACAACGAAGCGUCGUCUUCGCAUUCACGAUGCUUUCACAGUAAACGAGGAAUACCGCACACUACUCUGCCUUUUUCUAAAGAAUUAUUAAUAUUCAUUUCAUAGUCCUCGUUAGUUAAAAAAAAAAAAUGAAACAUGCGUCUCUCUUUCUUUGCAAAUCAGGCGAAAACAAUGCAGCGAAAGGCGUUCGUAGUUCACUCACGGCGCUCAGGUGUACAAGUCAGCCACCUACGCGACUCUUCCGAGAUGUGCGUCCAACGCGAAGACGCAAAUCGUAGCUGCCGUGCUCUGCUGUCGCUGCUACUCUCAUCCGCCGUUUCACGGAGCUUUACGAAAACGAGUCCGCAAUGCUCGAACAACUACGUCACCUCCUCACGUACGUCCGAGUCGAACUCAAAGCUCAAUACAACAGAAGUGAUUGCUGGCUGCUACGGUUUCUUUUGUUCGUCUCAUCGGGGAAUGCUUCGCUGCUGGCGGCUGCAGCCCAGACCUCUAUUGUCCCUCCACACACGUUGCGCGGCGUCUGACGCUGGUCAAGAAGGCCGAGACGCGUUCGAAUGCCGGCAACGCUGGUAUCAGCGCCAACUGCAUACUCAAACCCUGUUCCCGGUAGACUUAAUUCCUCUCGCACAACGCUUGCCGUUGGAUCGUUCCUCGUCGCCGCUGACGCAGAGAGAGGGGCGCUUCGGGGGCCAAACAUACCGCAACGCAGAUGCCAUGACGGAUGCCUUUUUAAGCUGCUGCCGCUCUUCCCUCUGCGAUGCGACGGUGCUGCAGUCGAUAUUUCGUCAGCUCUCGCCCGACCAGCAAUGUGCGAUUUUGACGCAGAGUUUAUCGCACGAGACGCACCAACGCCUGCCGCUCAUCAGUGCGUGCGUGGAGGAGGCGUUGCGCAACUCCACCCUCUCUCCGGGGCACUGGAUUCUUGUGCUGUCGAGUGUGAAGGCAGGCGACCCUGCACCCCCGCUCCCCGUUACGGCGAUUUUGAAGAACGUCUUUCUGAGCCGUACAAGCGCGUUUGGUUCCCCUGACGACGCUCGUGUGUUUAUUGCGCAAGCGCUCUCUUUGAUGGAGCGUCAGAAGACGCCUUUUACAUCGAUUGUGGACUGCUUGAGCGCGUGCGGCCUCGCUUACGAAGCGUGCGCUUACGCGUCCUCGUCGUCUUCCUUUGUUUCUUUUCCAUUUGCCGGUUCUUCCUCGGUUGAAGAGCAGGGUGGGUGGGGCUACGGCCCUCUUCUCCACCGUAUGUGCGCGCUGCCCAAGCCUCCGUUGAAGUGGUUCGGCGCCGUACGAAGCAAAAUGCCUCCUGCUGUGCAGCGGUACUCCACGCUCGUGGUGCUCCACGCUGCCCUGCGCAAACGCGGUGAUAUUCGGUGCGUCGAGGACGAGGUGUGGCGCCUCUUCACGGCGGAGCUGCUCAGCCCACUGGAGGCGGCGAGUGCCCUUCAUUUUGUGCUGCACCACGGCAACACAUUUACGGCGCGACUUUUGCUCGACCACUGCCACACCGCACAGCAGGUGCUGACGCUCAUGCGAUACACGCAUGGUGCAGAGCACCCUUUCACCUUUCAGGCCCUGGAGAAGUCUUUGACGACGCGAACAACAGAGCGCGUUCAUACGCACCUUCGCCUGGAGAGUCGGGAGAGGCGUACGAAGCUGGCGCUGUUCUUUGAUGCGCAGCUCGGCAACUGCGAGGCCAGUAGGAGACCAUCAGAGAGGGGCGAAGACCCCGAAGGAGAACUCUGUACGCAGACGCUGUCUAUCCGCUCCCUCGACCGCGGUCUCCUUCACCAGUGCCUGCGCGACGCCCUCCCUCACAGUGUCCUCGUGAGAGGGGAGCGCUCCCUCGCACAGGUGCUCGCUGCCAUCCCAGCCUCCGCCGUGGAACACGUGGCGAACUCGCUGCCCACGGUGCACGGCGACGUCCUCUCGUGGUGGAUCUCGCUCUAUUUGAAGGGCGGCAACGUCGAUGGCGCGCUGGCUGUCCUGACCGUCGUCGCGGCGCGGGGCUGCCUGCCGCACAUGGCGGUGUUGGUGGAGCUGCUCGAGUGCACGCAGGACGACACGGACAACUUCGUGCGCAGCGUGACGAUGCUUCGGCAGAGCUUCCCGCAAGCGACCGACGCGGUACUCCGCGCUUUUGUGGAACGCACGGCGACGUCGAUGACGCGUGCCGCGCCGCCGUCCACCACCACAGCGCAGGCGGUGCACGCCCUCAAGUCGCUGGCCGUCAUGGGCCUCCCGCGGCUCUCUGCACGGUGCCUCAGCGACAUCGCCGCGCACGAUUCAGCCGACACGAUCUCCGCCGUGAUGGCGCUGGCACAGGAGCUGGGCGGCUCUCCGGGGUGCACGACGGAGGCCGCCCCGCUCGACGUUGCCGCUAUUCGCGGUCUCGCAAUGGCGGGCCGGCAGCUGAACUACCGCGUGUGUGUCUCCGUGGCUGCGUUUGAUGCGGAUGGCGUGUACGCUGGCUGGUGGGGCUCCGCCUCACGCCCGCUACGCUCGCUAACGCGGUUUGCCUACUUGUCGGCGGACCUCUCGCUUUGGCCGUGGGUGGAGAAGGAGGCGCUCGCUGACUCUUCACGGCUUUCCUGCGACGAACUGCACAAGGCUGUUCGAAUCGUGGCACUGGGCAGCCGAGAUGCGAAGAUAGCGGUUGCGUUCUGGAACGCAGCCAAGGCGAAGAUGCAGCACGAAGGCGAGAAGCGGCGUGUGAGUCGAGAAGAUUGUCGAGCGAGCGCGAAACGCGAUGAAUACACUCUCGCAUGCGUGUGUGCAGUGUGCGUUACGCAAGGGCAGAAGCAGCUUGCAUCGCACUUAAUACGUGACGAGAGCAGCAACACCAACGCUUCACCACUGCUGGCUGCCUUUUCAACUCUUCACAUGGCGCCUACUGAACGGCAACUUGCGAUACGUAAGAGCGAGCUGCAGUUCGAAAAGUUUAGCAAACGUUCACUUACGCGGAAGGCGAGGGGUGGACUUCUUGGGCGUGGAGCCCAAAAGGCGUCCGUGCGAGAGACACCACGGAGCUUGCUGUGUUACUUCCCGCCGUCGCUGCAGCGUCUUGUUCGUGCGUCAGGGUCUGUUCUUGUCGAUUCCUUUUCAGCCCCGGAUGAAUGGGAACAUUUGGGGAGAGGGAAAUCGCCAACGACGUAG